UUCGCAGGACUGAUUGUUGCAACUCUGGCAAUAUGCUGGAUGCCAAACCAGGUUAGAAGGAUCAUGGCUGCUGCUAAACCAAAGCAGGACUGGACUGUCCCCUACUUCAGAGCGUACAUCACUCUUCUUCCCAUCGCUGACAUCUUCUUCUACCUCAGCUCGGUGGUGAACCCCCUCCUGUACAACAUCUCUUCUCAGCAGUUCCGCAGCGUGUUUCUGCAGGUCCUCCGCUGCCACCUGACAAUAGAGCAUGCCAACAAGGAGAAGUUUCUCAGAGCCAACGUGAGCUCCAGAGCAAGGAGCAGUCGGUCUCUGCGCCCACUGCUCUUCAUUUCAUCUAGGCGUAAUUCUUCUACAAGGGGCAAUAACAAAGUUUUCUUAAGUACUUUUCAGAAUGAGACCAAGCCUGACUGCAGUCCACAGAAACCGGGUCUUGAACCACCGGAGCCCAGCUUGGAAGUAGUGCCACUAGAGACUAGCUCAGAGCCCAGUCCAGACGCACAAAACGGCCUUUGUGAACAUCAAGUAUGA